AUAAAUAUAGUGGUAUCACACCUAAUUCAAGAUGUCUGCCGAUGAAUGGGAUGCCGAUGACUUUGAGCCCGCGGUACCGACUGUUGGUGCGAGUGAUAAAUGGGAGGGAGAAGAUGCAGGCGAUGAUAUAAAGGAUAACUGGGACGAAGAGGACGAAGACAAGAAAAAGGAGGAAGAUGAUGGUGGAGUAAAAGCAGUGCAAAGGAAGAAAAAGAAACCUUUAGCAGAAAGAAUUGCUGAAAAAGAGGCUGCAAGGAUUGCAAAGGAGGCAGCUGAGAAAGAAGAGAAUAGAGAAAAGACAAAAGAGGAGAAAUAUGCUGAGGCAGAAAGAUUGAGAAAAAUUCAGGAAGAGUCUGAUCUUAAACUGGCAAAGGAAGCCUUUGGAGUGGAGUCCUCUGGUAUAGAUGCAAUGUUUCCUGAAACAGAAGAAGAUUUUAACAAAUUUCGAGAUGCCUUAAAAUCUAAAAUAACUAGUUUUAGUAGCUCAAAAAAUUAUGGCACAUUUAUAGAAAAAUUAAUGCAAGACAUUAUCAUUGAUCUAAAUAUAGAUGAUUUGAAAAAGGUCAGUACAAGCACCAGUUCCUUUUUCCAUGAAAAACAGAGAUUACAAAAGGAACAAGAGAAAAAGAAAAAAAAGAAAUCAAAAGGAAUUGUUACGAUGGAGCGUGAUUCAGAUUUCAAUGAUAUAGCUGCUGCGGGUCGUGGAGAUUUCGAUGAUUCUUAUUACGAUGAAGACUUUAUAUAGCAACCUUGUAUAUAUAAACUGUUCCAUAGUCAAGCUAACAUUAAUUUCAUGUCCAACAUCUUGAGCUUUUUUUACGCACCUAUUUAUGUUAUACUACCGGGCAUUGAUUUGCAUGCUAUCAGGAUUAUGUCUGUAAGGAUGUUGUUCACAAGAGAUGUUGAAUACGUGAAAAAUAUUGUCAGGGGAGAAGGAAUUGAAUUCAAAUGAAAUGAGAAGAUAGUAAAAAUCAAUAUGAGUUUACAUGCUUGAAUACAUGUAUACAUUAUUAUUACCAUAUGCAAGGUAUUUUUAAAAGUAUUUUGAGUAAUGAUGAUAAAAAUUGCGGCUUUCUGUUCAACAUUUGAUAGGCUUUGUUUAUAUAAUUUAUUUGUCUAUGAAUUUGUUCCUGUAUGUAUGUAACACAACAUUACUAAAUUGAAAUAAUGAUUUGUUUGGAAAAUGUUUUUUUUUCUGUAUGCAAAGAUUUUUUUGGGAAGGUGGGGGUGUAAGGGGGAGGGGAAUGUGCAGGGUGGUGUCCGGUCUCUCUUCAUAAGCAACAUCCAUUCAGUUGAACAUUUUAAAUUUGAACACAUUGACAUUAUAAAUAUAUUUUUAAGUAUAACAUAUACAUAUAUUUACUUACCUUUUUGUUGAUUUCACUUGUAGAUCUUGAUGUAAGUUGGGGAUAAUACUGAUAAGUAUAAGAGUUUAUAAGUAUUUAAUUUCAUUCUCUAACUUGGAAAGGAUAUUGUUGUAAUAACUAUGCCAGUUUCUAACAUUUUUAUCUAUAUAGGCUGAUUGAAAAAGUUUUUUUUGAUGAAAGUUUGUAAUUCAUAUAGUAAGGAGAUGCAAUAUCAAUGUAUAUAAUUAAUAAACUUGUGAAUAUUUGACUUUCAUGAGUAACCAUUAAAUAAAAUCAAUUACAUGAC